GGGGGGGGGAGGUGGGCGCCAUGGAGCCGGCGGCCUCCCGCUAACGAGAUAAACGGCCGCCAGCAGCAUGGAUAUCCGGAAAUUCUUUGGGGUUGUACCUCCUGGAAAGAGGCAAGAAAGUGAAACUCUGAAAAAGAAUGAAAAAAUAAAAAAUGGGGAAGGUUCUUCGAAUGGGAAGAAAAGGGGGAAGGAGGCUAAGGUGAAGAAUUCACCCAGUGAAGAUGAUUCCAAACGAAAGCCAACAAACAAGAAAAAAAGAAUAAUCUAUGAUUCAGAUUCAGAAGAGGAGGUGCAGUCAGUGAAAAAAUCCAAGAAGCCAUCUGAGAAAAAAGCAGCUACUUCAAAACUUGGUAAAGUUCUAAAGCAGGAUCCUGUUGUUUAUGUUUCAGAGACAGAUGAAGAUGAUGACUUUGUCAUAAAGAGAAUUUCUCUGAAACCUAAGGAGAAUGGGACAUCAGCAAUUGGUUGCUCAGGAACAACUACAGUGAAAAAAGAUGAUGUAAAACUGCGAGCUAAAAGUAAACCUUUAUCUCCAGUGAAACUGACCCCGACCUCAGCACUUGAUUACUUUGGGACAGGUAACGUCCUGCGAUCGGAAAGGAAACUGGUGGCAAGUAAAAGGAAAGAGCCCUCACAAGGCAGAGACUGCACACUGGAUGAUGAGGCCAUUGCCAGGCAACUGCAGCUUGAUGAAGAUUCAGAGCUGGAGAGACAGUUGCAUGAAGAUGAAGAAUUUGCUAGAACUCUGGCUUUGUUGGAUGAAACUCCACAGAAGAAAAAGGCUCGGAAAGAUUCAGAAGAAGAGCAAGCAGUUUUGAGCACCAAGAGCAGUCCUAACAUGGUAGAAAGAUGUAAACAAUCGCAAAAAGUGAAAGCAACCAACUCAACAGAUGAAGCAAAGAAUUAUACUGUAAAGGAGCAAACUACAUCUGAAAACUCAAAAAGGUCUCGUUUGCCCCUCCAAUCAUCUGAUGGUAAAAUAGCAAGAGAGUCAAUAGAUAAGACCCUGCCUUUGAAACCUAGCUCUAAGCUUGUGGCUCUGAAACAAAAAGAAGAGAGCACUGAGAAGGAAAGAGGUGCUCGAAGUGUGUCAUCGAAAGAAAAAAAUACUCCAGGGAAAGAAGAGAAGAGAACACCAAAAAAGCAGAAAAUUUCUCCCAAAAAGCCUGAGUCUGUAAGUCCUGAGGACUCUGAAAAGAAGCGAAUAAAUUAUCAGGCUUACCGAAGCUUCCUAAAUCGUGAGGGUCCGAAAGCUCUGGGCUCAAAAGAGAUACCUCAAGGAGCUGAAAACUGUUUGGAAGGCCUGACUUUCGUAAUUACAGGAGUUCUGGAGUCUAUUGAAAGAGAUGAGGCUAAGUCUCUGAUUGAACGUUAUGGAGGAAAAGUAACUGGCAAUGUUAGCAAGAAGACAAACUAUCUGGUUAUGGGACGAGACUGUGGCCAAUCUAAAUGUGAGAAGGCAUCAACGUUAGGGACAAAAGUUAUUGAUGAGGAUGGCCUGUUUGAUCUUAUUCGAACUAUGCCAGGCAAAAAGUCCAAAUACGAAUUGGCAGCUGAAGCAGAGGCAAAAAAAGCAGAGUUGAAGCAUGAGAAGACACCACAGAAAAGUGAAGGUGGAAAAAGAAAAUUUAGUCCCUUCAAAAAAGAAACUGAUAAUAAAAAAAAGAAUUCCACGCCUGAUAAAGGAAAUGCAUUCAAAUCUGUUAAGAAAGAAACUACUGCUGUUCGGAAGCUUACAGACUUUAAACAUCAAACUGUAGAGAAGGAAGAAACCCCAAAGCCUGAGAGGAACUUGGUUUCUGCGCAGAGUGAAGAUGGAACAGAGAAAUUACUGUGGGUAGAUAAAUACAAGCCUACAUCUCUCAAGGCAAUAAUUGGACAGCAGGGUGAGCAAAGCUGUGCCAAUAAACUGCUUCGAUGGCUCCGAAACUGGCACAAGAAUACUUCUGAAGACAGACAAGCAAAGACCAGUAAAUUUGGAGGCAAAGACGACGGUACUAGUUUUAAAGCGGCAUUACUUUCCGGUCCACCGGGAGUUGGUAAAACUACUACAGCAUCUUUGGUUUGUGAGGAACUGGGCUAUAGCUAUGUGGAGCUGAAUGCCAGUGAUACUCGCAGUAAGAACAGCCUGAAGGAAGUAGUUGCUGAAUCGCUUAAUAACACCAGCAUCAGAGACUUCUGUUCUGGCACAUCUUCAUCAGUUAGUGGGAAACAUGUAUUGAUCAUGGAUGAAGUGGAUGGUAUGGCUGGCAAUGAAGACAGAGGAGGGAUUCAGGAGUUGAUUGGUUUAAUCAGACACACAAAGAUACCCAUCAUCUGUAUGUGUAAUGAUCGAAACCAUCCUAAGAUUCGCUCUUUAGUCCACUACUGUUUUGAUCUUCGUUUUCAGAGACCUCGUCUAGAACAGAUUAAGGGUGCCAUGAUGUCUAUUGCAUUUAAAGAAGGCUUAAAAAUUCCACCACCUGCUAUGCAUGAGAUAAUCUUGGCAGCAAAUCAGGAUAUCAGACAGAUUUUGCAUAAUCUUAAUAUGUGGUGUGCAAAAGAUAAAUCGUUGACUUAUGAUGAGGCCAAAACAGAUGCCAGCAAAGCCAAAAAGGAUAUCAAACUGGGCCCUUUUGAUGUUGUCCGGAAGGUUUUUGCUGCUGGAGAGGAGGCUUCUCAUAUGUCUCUUAUAGAUAAAUCGGAUCUUUUCUUCCAUGAUUAUUCCCUAGCACCUCUCUUUGUCCAAGAGAACUAUAUACAUGUGAAACCAGUUGCUGCUGGAGGGAAUCUGAAAAAGCACUUAGUGCUAUUGAGUAGAGCAGCUGAUAGUAUAUGUGAUGGUGAUCUAGUGGACAGACAGAUUCGUAGCAAGCAAAACUGGAAUCUUCUUCCAACACAGGCUAUUUAUUCAAGUGUUCUGCCCGGGGAGCUGAUGAGAGGUUACAUGUCCCAGUUUCCUGUCUUUCCCAGCUGGCUGGGGAAAUUUUCAUCUACAGGCAAACAUGAUCGUGUCAUUCAAGAACUGGCAAUGCAUAUGAGUCUUAGAACCCAGACAUGCAAGAGGACAGUAAAUAUGGAGUACUUAUCGUAUUUGCGGGAUGCACUUGUUCAGCCCUUGAAAGACUUUGGAACAGAUGGUGUGCAAGAUACUGUAGCAUUCAUGGACUCUUACUGCUUGAUGAAAGAAGAUGUUGAAAAUAUCAUGGAAAUAAGCACCUGGGGAGGCAAACCCAGUCCUUUUUCGAAGCUGGAUCCUAAGGUCAAAGCAGCUUUUACUCGGGCCUACAACAAAGAGGCACAUCUGACUCCAUAUUCGCUGCAUUCUGUCAAGUCAUCUAAAAGGCAGUCGGGAUCCAUGGUGACUUCAGAACUGAGUGAAGACUUGAAUGUGGAAGAGAUCCACUCUGAUGAGGAAGAGAAAGAUAGUGUUGAAAGUGAUGCAAUGAUUAAGCAAAAAAAAGUAAAGUCUUCCAGGCUGAUGAAAACAGAGAAAAAUGAAGAAACAACAAAAAAAGAAGGGAAAAGGAAAGAGAAAACAAGACGUUAAACAGAAUAACCUUGCUAUGGAUGCAGCUUUGCUUAUCUAACUUUUGGCAGGAGCCUGAAACAGAUCCAGUAAUGUAGCUGGGAAGGUAGAACCAGUGCGUUGAAAAUGCACCUCUUAUAGAGGUGAUGACUGUAUUCUCACACUAUGCAGUGCUGUAAUUACUGUUAACUUGCUACAAAGUUACAAGCUAUAACUACCCUUGUAAAACAAGCACCCAGGUGCAUGAACAUGACAAUGUGACAGUUACCUGGCAUUAUACUAAGUCUUCAUAGGACUUCUAACUUUUUAAAUAAAUUCUCUGCUAUUAUGUGGUAAAAUCUUGUAAAUAGUACAUGAUGCAAAAAAUCUGAGUUGCAUGUUUGUACAAUAUAGAAAUUAAGCAGUGUAUAAAAUUACAAUAAACUAAGUUUCACACAAA